CCAUGGAGGUGGUGGUCUACCACUACCGCGGCCGCCAGAAGUUCAUCCCCAUCGGCCGCGCCAGCACCCAGUUCAGCAUCACCGACCAGGUGCCCUUCGCCGUGGACGUGUCGCAGGUGCAGGACGCGGCGGAAGACGACGGGCGCUUCGUGCGUAACCGCCCCGUGGCCUUCACCGUGCGGCUGCACGACCCCAGCCGGUACCUGCGCGACGCCGACGUCUCCUACUCCUGGGAUUUCGGGGACCAGAGCGGGACCCUCAUCUCCCGCAGCCCCACCGUCACCCACACCUACCUACAGACCGGCUCCUUCGCCCCCCGCCUGGUCCUGCAGGCCGCCAUCCCCCUCAGCCCCUGCGGCACCUCCGCCGCCCCCGUCAUGGACCCCACCACCGGACCACCCCCCUCGGCGGGACCCACGGCCACGCAGCCCACCGGGACCACCCCGGGGGGGGCCAGCACCGCCGGGGCGCCCAGCACCGCACCCUCCGGAUCACCGGCAGAGCCCACGGGGGGAUCAGUGGCCGUGCCCUCGGACGCCGCCGUCACCGAGCCCAUGGACCCUGCUGCCACUGAAGCCAUGGACCCUGCUGCCACUGAAGCCAUGGACCCCGCUGCCACCGAGGCCGUGGACCCCGCCGUCACGGAGCCCACCCUCCUGACACCCAGCACCCCCGUGGACGCCGUGGGUACCGACCCCACUGCCGUCACCGUCGCGGCAUCCGCAGCCCCCCUGCUCCCCACCUCGGUGAUCCCGGCUGGGGACGACGCGUCGGUCACCUCGGCCCCCGCGCAGGGAACGGUGGCUGCAGAUGUGGCCACAGCUGGAGCCACGGGUGAUGCCACAGUGGGAGCCACAGCUGGAGCCACGGUGGGAGUGACAGUGGGAGCCACAGCUGGAGCCACAGCUGGAGCCACGGUGGCAUCUGCAGCUGGAGCCACAGCUGGAGCCACAGCUGGAGCCAUGGUGGCAUCUGCAGUUGGAGCCACAGUGGGAGCGACGGCAGGAGCCACAGCUGGAGCCACAGCGGGAGCAACGGUGGGAGCCACGGCUGUAUCCCUGGCUGCUGCCACAGCUGGAGCCACAUCUGGAGCCACAGCUGUCCCCACGGCCGCCCCUGAGGCCACCGCGGCGCCGCUGGUGCUGGUGAAGCGCCAGGCACCGGCCGAGGAACCCACCGGCUGCAUCCUCUACCGCUACGGCACCUUCUCCACCCAACUGGACAUCGUCCAGGGCAUCGAGAGCGUGGCCAUCGUGCAGGUGGUGCCGGUGGUGCCGGAGGGGAGCGGGAACAGCGUGGAGCUGACGGUGACCUGCGAGGGGAGCCUGCCCGAGGAGGUGUGCACGGUGGUGGCGGACGCCGAGUGCCAGACGGCGCAGGCGCAGACGUGCUCGGCCGUGUCCCCGUCCCCCGGUUGCCAGCUCGUCCUGCGCCAGGACUUCAACCAGUCCGGCCUCUACUGCCUCAACGUCUCCUUGGCCAACGGCAACGGGCUGGCCAUGGCCAGCACCCGGGUGGCCGUGGGAGGCGCUGCCCCCGGCACCGGCAGGACCACGCUCUUCGUGGGGCUGGUGCUCAUGGUCGCUGCUCUGGGGACCGCAGCCUAUACCUAC